AUGGAGAGGAAGGAGAAGGCAGAGGAAGAGCCAAGGGCGACGGAAAGGGAGGCGGCAAGCAAGCACGAGAACGAGUGCGCGAACGAAGCGGGAAAAGCAAAAAACGAGGCGGUCAUGGCGGCGACCAACUCGACGACGGAGGCCGCGAGGCCGGCGGAAGCCCAGCAAAAGCAAGGACGGAACGAGCAGGAGGGGACCAGCCGCACUCGUACGCCUGAUGCCCGAGCCGUGGUGGCGGCACGAGUGCAAGCGCCUGCCGCCGCCGAUAGGCAUGCUCUCUACCCUACCGACGAGCACGACUACUUGCCUACUUGCCGCACCGAGCCUACCGGCAGCACCGAGUUCACCGGCAGCACCGAGCCUACGAGCAACGGCGGUGCUUGGUAG